AUGACUGCGUCAGAUCCGGCUACUUGGCUAGCCAUCCUUGCUGGUCUAGGACUAUCCCUGUUCCUUUGGUCUUGGAAAUCAGCCAAAUCAACACCACCGCUUCCUCCUGGUCCCCGGCCGCUUCCAUUGGUGGGGAAUAUUCUAGACCUACCGCCGAAAGGUGAACCAGAUCAUCUAUUCUGGCUCAAGCACCGAGAGAAGUAUGGCCCUGUUAGCUCGGUGACUGUUAUGGGCGGGACAAUCGUCAUUCUCAAUGAUAAAGAUGCCGCGUUUGAGCUCAUGGAGAAGAUGGCAAUAAAGAACUCAUCGCGGCCCCAUAUGGAAUUUUGUUUUGGAAUGUGUGGGUAUAAUCGCUUUGCGACUGGGAUGCCAUAUGAUGACACUCUGCGGCGUCAUCGGAAACUUAUUCACCAGUAUAUUGGCACCUCAGCUUCAGUCAUUGCCUUGAGAAAAGUCCAGGAAAGAGAGAUCAGCCGGACGCUCUUGCGACUCUUGGAGACUCCUGAGAGGUUGAUAGAGCAUGUCAGGACCCAAGUCGGGGCCACGGUUAUUGAGCUGACCUAUGGAUAUUCCAUGGAGACAAAACAACCUGACCCUGUGCUACAACUCGUGUCUCGCUGGGUAGACAUCUUCUGUGCAACGGUGAUCCCAGGGAAAUGGCUAGUGGAUUUAUUUCCUUUUAUGAAGCAUCUCCCAAGCUGGUUUCCAGGUGCUGAAUUCCAAAACAUUGCUAAAAGAUGGAGGAAGGAAGUCUUCGCAGCAGCGGAUGUCCCAUUCCAAUUCGCCAAAAUCCAGUGGGAAAAUAACAGCAACCGCCCCUCAUUUGUCUCAUAUUCCCUUGAUCGGGCCGGUGAUGACAUCGACCCUGAACUAGAAUCCGAUAUCAACUUAUCAGCUGCAAACCUAUACGGAGCUGCAUCCGACACCACCGUUUCGACUUUGAGCUUCGCUUACUUGGCCCUAAUAAAACAUCCAGAUAUCUUGCGCAAGGCCCAAAAGGAGAUCGAUGAGGUUGUGGGUUCAGAGCGUCUACCAACUUUCGAGGACCGCGCGAAACUAGUCUACCUGGAAAGUGUCAUUAAGGAAGCCUAUCGAUGGCAUCCUACUGCGCCAAUAGGUGUGGCACACAAGAGCGAUGCUGAUCAGAUUUUCCGGGGGUUCUUUAUCCCGAAAGAUUCAAUCUUGUUACCGAAUGCUUGGUGGUAUGCGCAUGAUCCCAACAGAUAUCACGAGCCGGAGCGCUUCAACCCGGAGAGGUUCUUAGCCCCUUACAACGAGCCCGACCCAAAAGAAUACGUCUUUGGCAUUGGCCGCCGUAUCUGUCCUGGCAAGACCUUCGCUGAUGCCAACAUCUGGUUGACUAUAGCCCAGACGAUUGCAGUUUUUGACGUUCUUAAGGCGGUUGAUGAACACGGUGUCCCCGUGGAGCCCAUUGUCCAACCGAUCACGGAACUGGUUACGCACCCGGCUAAAUUUCCAUUCCAGAUCAAGCCGCGAAGCCAGAAGCAUGAAGAGAUGAUCAGGCGUAUUGCCCAGCCAUCUGCGUCUGAGAAGAGUGACCUUGAACUCCUUGAACAAUUGGGGGUUUUGAAUAAAUAA